AUGUCUCAUCAUUGGUUAUUGUUAUCAAUAUUUCUAACAAUUUUCUUAUUACAAAUAUCAUAUCUUCAUUCUAUUUCAAUAAAUUCUGAUAUAAAUAAUCAUAUUAUUGAUGAAAAUUAUGAUAAUCAAAAUAUAAAAAAUAUUCUACUUCAUCUAAUUAAAAAUACUCUUAAUGAAUCAAAUCCAUAUAAACAAACAAUUUUACUCAAUCAAUUACGUGAAUAUCUCAAUCGUAUGUGUGUUUUUGGUUUAUUUGGAUCAUCACGUGCUCAUGCAUGUCAAAAUGUAGUUGAUAUAAUUAAUCAACUUGAUAGAAAUGAUGAAAAUAAUGUUACAUUUAAUGAUGAUAAUACAAAUAAUGAAAAUCAUGAUAUACAAAAACGUUUCUUUUGUAAUGGUUUUAUUGGUUGUAAACAUUCUGGUUGA